ACAAGGACCACGGUCCAUAAACGACUGAGACUCAGUGUGAAGCUACUUAGGACUCACAGCCGUUCUCUGGAUUGUAGCUUGAAGAUAUUGUUUUUAUUUUUAUUUUCCCCUCAAAGCGUCACAGGCUAAUCAUGGCAUUUCUGAUCUACCUGACAGUACUGACAACAGCAGUCAUCACACAGGUGACUGCUAGCUGCCCGGCCAUGUGCGACUGCCCUGACGAGCCCCUGGUCUGCCCCCCAGGAGUCAGCGCCGUGCCGGACGGAUGUGGGUGCUGCAAGGUGUGUGCGGCACAGCUCAACCAGGACUGCAGCCCCGUGAGGCCUUGCGACCACCACAAAGGGCUGGAGUGUAAUUAUGGCAACGAUGUGACCAUGGCCUGGGGCAUCUGUCGAGCUAAAUCGGAGGGACGCACAUGCGAGUACAACGGCAGGAUCUACCAGAACGGCGAGAGCUUCCGUGCCGGCUGUAAACACCAGUGUACCUGCAUCGAUGGCGCCGUCGGCUGCGCUCCCCUCUGCACCAACAAGCUGCCACCGGCCUCGGCCUCCUGCCCCUACCCACGGCUGGUCAGGAUCCCUGGGCAGUGUUGCUUCAGCGUGGAUUGCCACAAGGGCACCUGGCGGCUCCCAGCGAAGCAUCAGACGCCUCCACCACGACAGCACCUGCCCAGACGUGAGCAGCAGCCUGAAAAUGAGCUGGCCAACGAGCUCGCAGAGGUCAAGUCCAGCGGCUGGGAGAGUGAGCGUGGCUACAAACACCUGCCUGUGUGGAACCAUCUGAAGGAGAAGUGUCCAGUCCAGACCACGGACUGGUCCCAGUGCUCCAGCAGCUGUGGGAUGGGCGUUUCCUCUCGCAUCACCAACAAGAACCCUCAGUGCAAGCUGCAGAGAGAGACGAGACUCUGCACUGUGCGGCCGUGCCGCGGCCCGACGGCCCCCGCCAAGAAGGGGAAGAAGUGCUCCCCGACACAGAAAGCCGCAGAGCCCGUCCGCCUGUCCUACGGAGAAUGUGCGAGCGUCCGCCUCUACCGGCCCAACUACUGCGGCGUGUGUGCGGACGGACGGUGCUGCUCGCCGCGCCGCGCGCGCACUGUGCCCGUGACCUUUGUCUGCCCGGACGGCGAGCGCUUCCAAAGGUCAGCCAUGUUCAUCCAGUCGUGUAAAUGCAGCGACGACUGCGGCCACCUCAACGAAGUGGCCCUCCCCCCACAGCAAUGGAUGUACGGGGACACGCACCAGUUCACAGACUAGUACCGAGGAGGACUUUGUUUUAUUUUUUUUUAUUGUGAUGAGGUCAAUUUUCUUGAUGAAUGAAGACUCUUUAAGACUAGGGGCCGUUUGUUCCCCUCAUCUGGCUCCCAAUGAGUGAAGAGCACAGGUCGCCUCAGUUUAAUUCUCAAUCAUAAAGGACACCUCUUAGUUUUGAUGUUGUGACUGGAGUGGAUCGUACACUUGCCCAGUCCUGUUCAAACAGACAUGGGCCCUAAAUCAGAGCCCUGAGGCGCCCCUGGACUUCCUCCACUAUUGGACUGAAUGCCGGUUCAGAUGUGUUGGAUUCUUUUUUUUCUUUUGAGACAGAGGAGAAACGCUACAAGAGCAACAAAGCACUUUGUUCAGCACUGAAACUUAAGAACCAGAACUAUGACGGCAGUGCACAAUCACUUCCCCUGCAACAAUAGCCUCACAUGCUGGAUGACUCAAUGUCCCAGAAUGCACUGUGACUAUUUACCGACCAGCGAAAUCAUCUUUUGCGGCUUUGUGGAAAGAAUGUGGUGCUUUUGUUAAUGCUAGGAACACUAUCCGAAAUGGAUCGUAGCGUUGAGCUGGACCAAGGCCAAUUAAUUUCUUGUUUGUGCAUUAAAUGCAGCUCAAGAGGAAUGUCUUACAAUAACCUGUAUUUGAGAAUUUAUUUUGGAUCACUUUUCUGUAAAUAUUCUUUAUUUGGAUCCAAGUUUGUUAUUGUCACAAAUAUACACGUCUGUGGAUUAAGACACUGGAGUGCAACUGUUCCACAUUGUUG